UACGCGCAGGGCCCACCCCCGCUUCGCACAGCCCGGGCCCUCCCUCAGUCCCCUAGGAAACACCCCUUCCUCGGUGGCAGGCCCUCGCUCUCAGACAGCCAAUCAUCGGGCCAGGCUUGUGUCACGUGACGCCGCGUUCCAGCCCGCCAGCCUGGAAUGAACUGGCUAAUCCCCUUGCCGAAGGGUGAACGGGCCAAUCAGAUCUCUCCAUACGGUCAUGAAGCACCGGAUCUCCACGAGGCGCUCCGGGAGGGAGGGAGCUGUUGAUUGGACUAUGCCGCCGGAAGCGGGGUGGAAAUGUGUUGUGGCUGUAAGGAACAGGAAGCCCCGAAGGGUCAAAAGGAAUACAAAAGCAAAAUCUGCCACCUCCCUGCUUUACAGACUGGACUUGACUGCUAAAGCACCUGAGAGUCUCCAUUAGAAUCUGCUCUGGAAGCAAGAACAGACUAUUCCAUUAUGGAUGGAGGAGACGAUGGUAACCUUGUUAUCAAAAAGAGGUUUGUGUCUGAGGCAGAACUAGAUGAGCGGCGCAAAAGGAGGCAAGAAGAAUGGGAGAAAGUUCGAAAACCAGAAGACCCACAAGAAUGUCCAGAGGAGGCGUAUGACCCUCGGUCUCUGUAUGAACGGCUGCAGGAACAGAAGGACAGGAAACAGCAGGAGUAUGAGGAGCAGUUCAAAUUCAAAAACAUGGUAAGAGGGUUAGAUGAAGAUGAGACCAACUUCCUUGAUGAGGUUUCUCGGCAGCAGGAGCUGAUAGAGAAGCAGCGACGAGACGAAGAACUGGAGGAACUGAAGGAGUACAGAAGUAAUCUCAACAAGGUUGGAAUUUCUGCAGAAAAUAAGGAAGUAGAGAAGAAGCUGGCUGUGAAACCCAUAGAAACCAAGAACAAGUUCUCCCAGGCAAAGCUGUUGGCAGGAGCUGUGAAGCAUAAGAGCUCAGAGAGUGGUAAUAGUGUGAAAAGACUGAAACCAGACCCCGACCCAGAUGACAAGACUCAAGAGGCCCAGUCCUGCAUGUCUCUUGGAAGCUCUUCUCUGAGUGGACCUCCCUCCAUCCACUGCCCGUCUGCUGCUGUGUGCAUCGGCAUCCUCCCUGGCUUGGGUGCCUACUCUGGGAGCAGUGACUCCGAAUCCAGUUCAGACAGUGAAGGCACCAUCAAUGCUACAGGGAAGAUCGUCUCCUCCAUCUUCCGAACCAAUACUUUCCUUGAGGCACCCUAGCUCCUGAUAUUACCACAGGGAGCAUCUCCUCAGGGUUAGAUGUCAGUUCUGCCUCGGCAUCACCUCCCUCAAAAAACUUGUUCACCUACUUCCUGUGCACAUGUGACAUUUUAACCUAACUCAGAAAUGUGUCACAGUCUACUUGUGGCUCAAACUUGGCUUGAUUUCUCUUUAUACUCCAGUGCAGAUGACCAAACCUGUCCCGUUGAUAUGAGGAGUCUGGGUUCAGGCUAGUCUCAGAAAUGUCACUGACAGUGCAAGGACAGGUACUAGCUGGCUUGCAAGGGUUCUGUGUACCUUGUUGCUGAGUUGUUUAUCUUCUCACCUAGUGGCACAGGAAGCAAGGGCAGCAUUAGCUUCAUAUUCUGUUGUAGAUGAAUGGUUUGCUAGGUUCUACCAUGUUGUGAGUGGGCAUAGAGAAAGGGGCUGACUAGCUGGUGACAUGGAGCUGUCCCCUAGAACUAACCCUUCCUGGGUGUUAUGGGACUUAAGUAAAGGCUAUGAGCCAACUACAGCCCUUGAGGUGACACUCUUCCAUGUGUGUCUCCAUCCAGCCUGAGGAGGUAUGAAGGAGCUGACAAUGAGGACAUGUCCAUCCUCUGCCCACCUUCUCUCCCUGGAAAAUUGUUUUGAUUUUGUUUUUGAAAUAAAAGAUUUAGUUUAAGAUUCUAAACAUUAGAGAAGCAAACUUACUGAAUCAUAGCCAGAAACUAUAACUGUUGAUAGCUAUGUUAAAGAAAUGACUAAUGCCUAGCAGUUUCUGGAAUCCUCAGACUGCAAACUAGUGGUACAUGCCUGCAUGUUAUGCCUGUACUCUACUCCAUCAAAGCACUGCUGUUUGCACAUAGAGUUGUAGCUUUUGACUGUGAAGCUAUUUCUAGCCAGUCUAAGGUGCUGCUCAGUACUUUUCCUUUAUCCAGUGUGCCUUCUCCCCCAACACACACACACCAGUUCCUGGGCCGUGAGCAGCCAAAAGCAGCUGGCUCUUGCCUGUUUCUGUCUCAUAGAGGAAGGAGGGAGGGAAGAGGGAGGAAACAGGUAUGCAGGACUUAGGAAUUCUUUGUGCCCUGCUUCAGAAUGAGCCUGAGAGGUUCUCUUCUCACUGGUUCCAGCAUCCAUUUUUUUUCCUUCCUAUGGGUGUGAGACGAAUGAGACACUGAAUGUGUUGGCACUGACAUACUGACAGGCAGAGGAAGCUCCUUAGCUUUGACGUGGGCAGAAAGAGCCCUGGACCUCAUCCAGCCCUUCCUUCCCCUUCCAGUGUAUUGACACUGGUGCCUACCAGCAGAUGGUGGUUUUCCUUCAUCCAUCGGCGGGCCUGUGAGUACUGCCAUCCUUUGCAGAGCUUCCCAGUACUAAUCUUUCCUGACUGUCAGUGCAGGCCUGUCAGCUCCCUCCUGACAAACAAGACGUUUAGGUAAAA